GGCCAUCUUAGUGAGUGCAGGCAGGGAGGGCUAAGUAUCUACUUGGACUUCCUGAAGUGAACACUGCUUCAGCAUGUAGGGAUACAAACACUGCGUAACAUUUUAGAGUCCAAAUCCUUGGACACAACAACACAGGAAAUACUCCCUCAUAACUAAGAUUCAUUUGCAUGUAGUCGGACUCAAGUAUGUCCCUGUGGCGAUACUUGACACUUCUCUUGGCUGUAACUGUUCACACAUGCAAAGCUGAGAAAUGUGAUGACUUGGCAGAUUUAGACCUGGGUCAUGCAAUCAUCGGCACCACCCUGAAGAUGAGGUUGCUGCUGUUCACCAGAGACACCAUUCAUUGCGGCUCACUUCUGUCUCACAGCAACCUGUCGGCCAACCCGAACUUCAACUUGUCUCGGCCCACUACAUUUAUCAUCCACGGGUACCGGCCCACGGGUUCUCCUCCGGUGUGGGCUCACCUGAUCACAGAGCAGCUUCUGGCCAGAAAGGACCUCAAUGUCAUAAUAGCAGAUUGGAAUUACGGAGCAGCUAAUGUGAAUUAUUUGAAGGCAGUAGAGAACACGCACAAGGCGGCACACAACCUUACUGCCUUCUUUAAAAAGAUGCAGGAGAAUGGUGCCUCUUUGAGUGACAUCCACAUGAUCGGAAUCAGUCUCGGUGCUCACAUUUCUGGUUUUGUGGGUGCUAACCUCAAUGGGGCAAUUGGAAGAAUUACAGCUCUGGAUCCUGCUGGGCCUCAGUUCACUGGUACUCCUCCAGAGGGCCGCCUGGAUCCCACAGAUGCCCAGUUUGUGGAUGCUCUGCACACAGACAUAGACGCUCUAGGCUAUAGAGAAGCUCUAGGUCAUAUUGAUUUUUACGCCAAUGGAGGAACCGAUCAGCCUGGCUGCCCCAAAACCAUCUUUUCAGGAACAGCCUAUUUUAAAUGUGAUCACCAGAGAUCUGUGUACCUGUACUGUGAGUCCUUGAAUCACACUUGCAGCAGCAGAGCCUUCCCAUGCGCCUCCUAUAGAGACUUUCUGGAUGGGAACUGCAUGAGCUGUGACCACUUUGGCGAUGCCGGAUGCCCAGUUUUUGGUUAUGACGUUGACAAAUGGAAGGAUGUUUUGUUGAGGAUGGGCCAAACAAAAACCUUCUUCUUCACAAAUAAAAAGUCUCCAUUCUGCAUGACCAACUACAGGCUGGAUGUGGUGGUAUGGAAUGAGGAUGUACAUUGGGGAUAUAUUACUGUUAAACUACAUGGGAUUGGUCCUGAUGCUGUAGCACAUAUUGACCAUAAAGCAUCCCAGUUCAAGAAGUACAAAGAGACUAAAUUGUUUGCUCAGUUUGACACAGAGCUUCAGUCAGUCAACAAAAUGACUCUCAUGUUCUCCACCGGAAACGUUUUCAAGCCCAAAUACAAACUACGUGUUCUCCGGAUUCGCCUCACGCAUCUGGAACGUAACGACAGGCCUUUGUGUCGUUACGACUUGGUCCUGGAGGAGGACAAAGAGAUCACGUUCACUCCUCUUUAUUGUCAAGAAUCCGAUUUUUGAGGCAAAAUCUCAUCACUCGUCAUAUAUCGAAUGUACUGUGUUUUCUGCUUUAAAAAACAAUUUUUUAAUCUUUAUUUCUCACCUCAUUUUGCAACACAAGUUAGUUAUUUUAAAAUAAUAUAACAAUAUUGCUUGUGUUCAUAAAGUGAAUGUAAAUAGAUGUAAAUGUCCCAGAUGUUUACAUAUUUUUUCCAUUAUAGUUCCAGUAUAUCAAUAUGGUUUUUAUUUAUUUGUGUGAAUAUAUUUGUGGUUCUGAAUAAAAAAAAAUACUACCAGAUU